AUGGGUUGGUUCUGGGCAGAUUCUCAGACAAAGGCGCCUGUUGCGCCACACCCUACUACGCCUGGCGCUGCAAUUCCACCUGGAUGUCCCAUGCACGAGUCUGGUUCAACAGCUGUCCCUCCUGCCGUCGUCACCCAAAAAGCCGAGCCGCCCAGUAACUGCCCCAUGUCCAAGGCGAAAGAUUCACCUUUCGCCGCAAGCGCCGGCGCAAAGGCCUCAAACCCACCAGCCUCGUCGGAGACUGCUGCUGCUGCCGCCGCUCCACAGCAAUCCACUCUGUCCAAGUUAAACCCUCUCAACUACAUGUUCUCUUCUAUCUCGCAGGAACGUGCCCCUCAGCAGACCGUGGACCUCUCCGUUAACCGAGAGACCUCGUCGAUUCCCCGAGGAGACUCAGAGGGCAACUGGGAGUAUCCCUCCGCGCAGCAGAUGUACAACGCGAUGCUGCGCAAGGGAUACACGGAUACUCCCCAGGAUGCUGUUGAGUCUAUGGUCGCCGUGCAUAACUUCUUGAACGAGGGCGCCUGGAACGAGAUCGUUGGCUGGGAGCGCACCUUCGCCAAGGGUCUUGGUGCUGGAUGGGAGCGCUGCCGACGGGGCGAGGAGAACCUUGGCUAUCAGCUCAUGAAGGAAGAGAUGACUGGUCAAAUAGAUCAGACGAGCGAGCCUCGUUUGAUUCGUUUCCAGGGCCGUCCCAAGGAGUUGACUCCCAAGGCCCGCAUCUUCCAGACUUUGGGAUGGGUGUAUCCCUCCAAGUUCGAGACGCCCCCUCCCUUUGACCGUCACGACUGGUUCGUUCAACGGCAAACUCCCUCCGGCCCUAAGGAAAUCCGCUACGUGAUCGAUUAUUACUCUGGCGAUCCCGAGCCCAACGGCGAGCCCGUCUUUUAUCUUGACAUCCGUCCCGCUCUCGACACCCCUACCGCAGCCGUUGAGCGGCUCAUGCGGUGGGGAGGUGAUGUUUGGUGGAGGGCCAGCGGCGGUGCCGCGCGAGAGCCCGGUGCCACUCCCGGCCAUUAA